CCCUCUCACACACUCGCUCACUCUCCUCCUGCCUGUCUGCGUGUGUGUGCCCGCCCGCACGUGUGUGUGAGACAUAGGCCAGUCCGACACUCUCUAGCCCUCUCUCUCGCUCCACACACACACACACACACACACACACACACACUCAUACACGAAGAAACAGCAACACACACCUCCGGUCACUCUCUGGUCUUUCUCCCGUCUCGCUCUCGUGCACUCUUCACCCAGCACCAUGAGUCGCUACGCGUCCUCCUCCGCCGCCCAGUCCUCCUCCUACCGCCGCACCUUCGGCAGCCCCGGCUUCGUGUCCACUCCGGCCGGACGCAACCUCUACGGCUCACACACCUCCCUGGGAGGUCUGGGUGGGUCGUCCGGCGGGGCCCGCGUCUCGUCCCGCGUCUACGAGGUCCACAAGACGUCCACCGCGGCCACUCCCGGCUACGGCGGCUCUUAUCGGGCCUCAUACGGCAUCCCGGGGCUGACCUCUGCGUCCGCCGCCUCCGCAGGCCGCUACGCCGGCAUGGGCGAGACGCUGGACUUCAGCCUGGCGGACGCGCUGAACCAGGAGUUCCUGGCCACACGCACCAACGAGAAGGCGGAGCUGGCGCACCUGAACGACCGCUUCGCCAGCUACAUCGAGAAGGUGCGCUUCCUGGAGACGCAGAACCAGGCGCUGGUGAUCGAGAUCGAGCGGCUAAAGGGCCGCGAGCCCACGCGCAUCGCCGACCUCUACGAGGAGGAGAUGCGUGAGCUGCGGCGCCAGAUCGAGAUGCUGACCAACCAGAGGUCCCGCAUCGAGCUGGAGAGGGACAACCUGGCCGACGACCUGGACAAGAUCAGACUCAGACUACAGGAGGAGAUUUUACAAAGAGAGGAGGCGGAGAGUAACCUUACGGCUUUCAGAGCAGACGUGGACGCUGCCACCUUGGCCCGCCUGGACCUGGAGAGACGAAUCGAAACCCUUCAGGAGGAGAUCUCCUUCCUAAAGAAGAUCCACGAAGAGGAGAUCCGUGAGCUUCAAUCCCAGAUGCAGGAGACUCAGGUGCAGAUCCAGAUGGACAUGUCUAAGCCAGAUCUGACCGCCGCUCUGAGGGACAUCAGAGCCCAGUACGAGGCCAUCGCCGCCAAGAACAUCUCCGAGGCUGAAGAUUGGUACAAGUCCAAGGUGACAGACUUGAACCAGGCGGUGUCGAAGAACAACGAGGCCCUGAAGCAGGCGAAGCUGGAGACCAUGGAGUUCAGACAUCAGAUUCAGUCCUACAUGUGUGAGAUCGACUCGCUCAAGGGCACAAACGAGUCUCUGCUGAGGCAGAUGCAGGACAUGGAGGAUCGUCACGGCCGCGACGCGGGCGGUUUCCAGGAGACCAUCACACGUCUGGAGGCGGAGAUCGCCAACAUGAAGGACGAGAUGGCGCGCCACCUGCGCGAGUACCAGGAUCUGCUCAACAUCAAGAUGGCCCUGGACGUGGAGAUCGCCACCUACAGGAAGCUCCUGGAGGGAGAGGAGAGCAGGAUCUCUAGGCCCAUGCAGGCCUACUCCAGCAUGAGCUUCAGAGAGACCAGCCCUGAGCACCAGCGCGCCUCCUCCUCUGAGCUGCACUCCAAGAGAUCCGUCCUUAUCAAGACCAUCGAGACCCGCGAUGGAGAGGUGGUCAGUGAGUCCACACAGCAUCAGGAGGAUCACCUGUAGGCAGCAGAAACUUCAAACAAACACACGCACACACACACACACACACACACACACACACACACACAAACAAACUAGGGGUUUCGUCAACUAGUUGACUAUUAAAACCACUAGUCAGUGCUAUAGGCAGCAGUGAACUAGUCAUAGACAGAGUGGCUAACGGCUACACAGGCUAGGCCUCAUAUGCAUGGAAGCACAUCACUGAAAAAGAGACCUGCUUCACAGUGACAUGUAAAUUGUGUAUUAAAGUACAAUAUGGAUAACCAUCAAAAGAUGAAACACCUGCUGCAAACAGCUAGUGCUAGCAGUAAUGUUAGCACCUGCACUGUACUGGCAUGUAACGACUAGUUGACAACUAUUAUGACUUGCAUUAAGACUUGUCAACUAGUAAACAUCAGUAGUUGCGAAAGCCCUAACACAUGCACACACAUACACAUUUAACAAAAAGAUAUUUAACAAGUGAUGUCCAGUCUAAAUAAACACACAAGAGACUGACAACCUGCAUCCUA